UGUGACCAAAGGGAGGUAUGUCUGAAGCAACAUGUGCAAAGUGUGACAAGUACUAUGUGGACCCUCGCAUGCUGCCAUGUCUCCAUUCCUUCUGUCUCGGGUGUCUGAAGAAGGAGCUGGAGACCCAGGAGACCCAGAACAGUCUCCACUGCCCCAGCUGCAAGGAGGAGGUAACUCUGCCAGGGAGUGGAGUAUCCGAUCUCCCCCAAGACCUACAUAAGUCCAACGAAGCCGAAAUUACGCGCAUCAGCGAAAAGGUAGAAGAUGCAGACGAACAGUGUGAAGUGUGCGGGCGAACUGAUAGCACGGGGAAAGCAGUCGCGUACUGCAUCGAAUGUAAAGAGUAUCUGUGCAAGUUUUGCGAGGGUCGUCAUGGGAGGAGGGAAAUGACAGCCGAUCAUAAUCUCGUCACUAUUGGUCAGCGUUUCGUCAAAACGAAUGAAACUAGCUCCAUUAGUAAGUUCUACCAGCCAAAGAUGCUUUGUGUGCACCACAGGUCUCACGUCCUUGAAGCCUACUGCAAGAAGUGCGAGAAACUGAUCUGCAUGGUUUGCAUGAAUUUCGAACAUGACGAUCACCGCGGAGAGUGCAAGUACCUGGAGCAGGUUGCAAAAGAAGAAAGAGAGAGCCUUCUGACAUGUCAAAGGGAGGCAAAAGUAGCAGUAGCU